AUGAGCCGCCGGGACAAGCUGGCGUGUGUACAUGAGCCUUUUGGCGAUGCGUUCUACUAUGGCCCUGAACGUACUGGUGAGCGUUUUGAGAACGACGCUGAGGGCAGAGAGAAGUCUGGCUUCGCCGAGACGACGUAUGCCGAUGUUCUGAGGCAAAUUGAGGAGGCCGGCAAAGAUAAGCGCGCCUUCAUCAAGGACAUGGCCUAUUACAUUAUCCCACCCAACCAGCAAACAGCCUCCAUCGUCCCGUCCGCUGGCAACACGGCCGAGCCCAGCAACCCCACCGUCCUGCCCUUGAGCAUCCUCCGCAAGUUCCAGUGGACGUUCCUCAUCCGCCACCCGCGCCGCUCCAUCCCCUCGUACUACCGCUGCACCCAGCCGCCCCUGGACGCCGUGACGGGCUGGACAAACUUCAACCCGUCCGAGGCCGGCUAUGAGGAGCUUCGCCGCCUCUUUGACUACCUCAUCCGUGAGCGCAUCGUCGACGAAAAGGACCUGUUGGUCGUCGACGCCGAUGACAUGCUUGACGACCCCGAGGCCGUCAUCCGCGCCUACUGCGCCCACGUCGGCCUCGACUUCACCGACAACAUGCUCAACUGGACAGACGAGGACACCAAAGUCGCCCAGGAGAAGUUUGCAAAGUGGAACGGCUGGCACGAUGAUGCCAUUGGCAGCACGUCGCUCAAGCCGCGCGACAAGAAGCAUGUUAUCACCCGUGAGUCCGAAGAGGCCGAAUGGCUCAAGAAGUACGGCGAAAAGGGUCUCAAGGAGAUCCGUGAGUGCGUCGACGCCAACGUCAAGGACUACGAGUACCUCAAGAAGUUUGCCAUUCAGAUCUAA